AGCACCGCCGCGCUCGCCGCACGGGUGGUGGCGGCGGCGGGGGGAGCCGCCCCGCGGGGCCGCCUCUGCCCCUUCCCCUUCCCCGCCGCGCUUUUCAUGGCAACAUGGCGAUGGCGGCUCCGACCGGCAGCGCGGCGCCCGGCGCCCCGGCGCUCUGCGGCCACCUGGCCCUGCUGCUGCUCCUCGCCGCCCCCGCCGCGCACGGCUACAGCUUCCCGCAGCAGCACACUAUGCAGUACUGGGCCAGAAGGCUGGAGCAGGAGAUUGAUGGAGUGAUGAGGAUAUUUGGUGGAGUCCAGCAGCUCAGAGGGAUCUACAAUGAGAACAGAAACCUGUUUGAAGUCAAGGAGAAUGUGCCCAGGAAGUUAGUGGAGAAGGUUGCAGGAGACAUCGAGAGCCUACUGGCCAAGAAAGUCCGUGCUUUAAAGAGGCUGGCCAACGCCGCGGAGAAGUUCCAGAAAGCCCACCACUGGCAGGACAACAUCCGGGAGGAAGACAUCGAGUACUAUGACUCCAAGGCAGACACGGAAUACGUGAGUACCGACGAUCCUGAUGGAGAAGAGAUCGAGCGGGAGAAGUCCAACUCCCUGAAGCUGGAGUUCACCGACGACGCCAACUUCAAGACCAAGGUUAACUACUCGUACGCCGCAGUGCAGAUCCCCACGGACAUCUACAAAGGCUCCACCGUCAUCCUCAACGAGCUGAACUGGACGCAGGCGCUGGAGGACGUCUUCAUCGAGAACCGCAAGGAGGACCCCUCCCUGCUCUGGCAGGUUUUCGGCAGCGCCACCGGCGUCACCCGCUACUACCCCGCCACCCCGUGGAGAGCCCCCAACAAGAUCGACCUCUACGACGUGCGCAGACGGCCCUGGUACAUCCAAGGCGCCUCCUCCCCGAAGGACAUGGUCAUCAUCGUGGACGUGAGCGGCAGCGUGAGCGGCCUCACCCUCAAGCUGAUGAAGACCUCGGUGUACGAGAUGCUGGACACCCUUUCGGACGACGACUACGUCAACGUGGCCUCGUUCAACGAGAAGGCAAAGCCGGUGUCGUGCUUCAAGCACCUGGUACAGGCCAACAUCCGUAACAAGAAGGUCUUCAAGGAGGACGUGCAGGGGAUGGUGGCCAAGGGCACGACCGACUACAAGGCCGGCUUCGAGUACGCCUUCGACCAGCUGCAGAACUCCAACAUCACGCGGGCCAACUGCAACAAGAUGAUCAUGAUGUUCACGGACGGCGGCGAGGACCGGGUGCAGGACGUCUUCGAGAAGUACAACUGGCCCAACAAAACGGUGCGUGUCUUCACCUUCUCCGUCGGGCAGCACAACUACGACGUGACCCCGCUGCAGUGGAUGGCGUGUGCCAACAAAGGUUACUACUUCGAAAUCCCCUCCAUCGGCGCCAUCCGCAUCAACACACAGGAGUACCUGGACGUGCUGGGCAGACCCAUGGUCCUGGCCGGGAACCGAGCCAAGCAGGUUCAGUGGACCAACGUCUACCAGGACGCCCUGGGGCUGGGGCUGGUGGUGACGGGCACGCUGCCGGUGUUCAACCUGACGGAGGACAGCAGCGACAGGAAGAACCAGCUCAUCCUGGGCGUGAUGGGGAUCGACGUGGCGCUGAACGACAUCAAGAAGCUGACGCCGCGUUACAACCUGGGGGCGAACGGCUACGUCUUCGCCAUCGACCUGAACGGCUACGUGCUGCUGCACCCCAACCUGCAGCCCCAGAUCAUCAAUUUCCGCGAGCCGGUGACGCUGGACUUUCUGGACGCCGAGCUGGAGGACGAGAACAAGGAGGAGAUCCGGAGAAGCAUGAUUGACGGAAACGACGGGCAGAGGUUCAUCAAGACCCUGAUUAAGUCCCUGGACGAGCAAUACAUCGACGAGGUGUUCAGGACCUACACGUGGGCCCCCAUCAAAAGCACCAACUACAGCCUGGGGCUGGUCCUGCCGCCCUACAGCACCUACUACAUCCAGGCCAACCUCAGCGACCAGAUCCUGCAAGUGAAGUUACCAAACAUCAAAAUGAAGGAUUUUGAAUACCUGCUGCCAAACAGCUUUGAGUCGGAGGGACAUGUGUUCAUUGCUCCCAGAGAGUAUUGCAAAGACCUCGACUUGUCGGAUAACAACACCGAGUUCCUGGAGAACUUUAUUGCCCUCAUGGAAAAGGUGACCCCAGACUCCAAGCAGUGUGACAAUUUCCUUCUGCACAACCUGAUCCUCGACACGGGCAUCACGCAGCAGCUGGUGGAGCGCGUCUGGAAGGACCAGGACCUCAACACGUACAGUCUCCUGGCUGUCUUCGCAGCCACUGAUGGGGGCAUCACCCGCGUCUUCCCAAACAAGGCUGCGGAUGACUGGGAGGAGGAACCGGAGCCUUUCAAUGCCAGCUUCUACCGCAGGAGCCUGGAUAACAAGGGCUACAUCUUCAAACCGCCCUACCGGGACGCCGGAUACCGGGGGCUGGAUCUGGAGAACAACACCAUCGGGAUCCUGGUGAGCACCGCCGUGGAGCUCAGCAUCGGGGGCAAGACGCUGAAGCCAGCAGUGGUAGGGGUGAAGCUGGACCUGGAGGCCUGGGCGGAGAAGUUCAAGGUGCUGGCAAGCAACCGGACGGACCGCGACCAGCUGGGCGCCCGCCGGUGUGACCCCUCGAGCAGCUGUGAGAUGGACUGCGAGGCCAACAACAAGGACCUCAUCUGUGUCCUCAUCGACGACGGAGGCUUUCUGGUGCUCUCCAACCAGGAGGAUCACUGGUACCAGGUGGGCAAGUUCUUCAGCGAGGUGGACGCCAACCUGAUGUCCGCCCUCUACAACAACUCCUUCUACACCCGCAAGGAGUCCUACGACUUCCAGUCCGUCUGCGCCCCCGAGGCCCAGAGCAACACGGGCGCUGCGCCCCGCGGCGUCUUCGUGCCCACCGUGGCCGACCUGCUGAACCUCGCCUGGUGGACCUCAGCCGCGGCCUGGUCCCUCUUCCAGCAGUUCCUCUACGGCCUCACCUACAGCAGCUGGUUCCAGACGGAGGACGUGACGGCGGACAGCAUGGAGGCCCGGGAGACGAGCUGCAUCAUGAAGCAGACGCAGUACUACUUCAGCACCGUCAACGCCACCUACAACGCCAUCAUCGACUGCGGGAACUGCUCCAGGCUCUUCCACGCGCAGAGGCUGGCCAACACCAACCUGCUCUUCGUGGUGGCCGACAAGCCCCUCUGCAGCCAGUGCGAGUCUGUCAAGCUGCUGCAGGCGGAGGUCAGGGCUCCCCCGAGAGACCCGAACCAGUGCGAGCUGGUGGACAGGCCCCGCUACCGGAAAGGCCCCCACAUCUGCUUCGACUACAAUGCAACCGAAGAUACCUCAGACUGCGGCCGAGGGGCUUCCUUCGCCCCCUCCCUCGGGGUCCUGCUCUCCCUGCAGCUGCUGCUCCUCUACUCCAGCGCCAGCCGGCACCCGCUGCCCCCGGCCGCCUGCCUUUAACCCACGCCUGCCGCCCUCCUGUUCUCUCAGCCUCCAUCUCCAUCCCCUCCCGAGGCCCAGCAGGACGGGAGCGACCCCCCUCGGGGACCCCCCCCAGCCCCGGGGCCGCCCCCCCCGCGCUCCCCACGGCCGCAUCCAAAGAAGAGCCGGGGUGCGGGCAGGGGCCCCCCAAACCAGGACGGCGUCCAGCCGCUCUGGCCGCUCGGACUCCGAAAGCCCCCGCCGGCCGCCCCCCCGCCUUGUGCCCCCCACCGCAGCUCCCCCGUCCCUCGCCUAUUUUUUUAGCCUGAAGAUUUUAAACCAGAUCUUUCUACAUUUAGUUUAGCCUGGAGAACGACGGUAUUUGUUGUCAGCGACAAGGACAUGUGGGAAAAAAAAAAGGGGGGGGGGGGGGAAAACAUAACACGAAAAUAGGGAAGGUGAUGGAGACGUGAUUUGGUGGAGGUAUGAUUUGUUUGGGGGGGGCCUGGCCCCCUGGGCGUGCGGGAGGACAGCGGCGGGUGGCAGCGUCCCUGCGGGUGCGGGGAGCCAGGCAUCGCCUUUGCCAGGACGGGACCGAGUCCACGGUCCCCGCUCUCAGCUCAUCUGCUCUCAUUCAUCCUUGGGCACAGAAAUUGGGGUGAAAAAGGAGGAAAAAAAAACAAAAAACAAAAAAAAAUAUUUUUUUUUCUUUUCCGUUCUGCAGAUCACUGUGAAACCCUUCCCGUCUGCCCGCCCCAGCCCUGCUCGGCCCCUCCGUCCCGCCCUGCCAAAGAAACCGCGUGCCGGCCAGCGGGACCUGUCCCCAAACGGGAUGCGCUGUGCGUCCCCAAAUGGGACGCGCCGUGUGUCCCCAGAUGGGACAAGCUGUGUGUCCCCACAUGGGAUGCACUGCCUGUCCCCAAAGGGACACGCUGUGUCCCCAGACGGGACACGCCGCCUGUCCCCGAGCCGCCCGUGUCCCCAGCGGGGCCGUGCCGGGUGCCGCCAGGUCCCUGCUGGGUGCCCCCAGCUCCAGCCCCACGGGCGUUUUUUUUUUUUUUUUGGGGGGGGGGGGGGACAGGAGCAGACCCACGGCCACCCGGGACGGUGGGGAGGGGGCUGGGGAGGCACUAAUUAGCGCUGGGGUUAAUUAAUGGUCAUUCUGCUUGUAGCUUUCUCAGUGUGUGUUUGGUUACUGUCUCUGGGACCCGUGUUUGAACAGAUGGCUCUGUGUUACCGGGAGUGUGUGUACUGCUGUAGUCUAGUUAGGUGCUCCGCGAGAAUACCGCCACUAUACAUACCUAUAAAUAUAUACAUAUAUAGUCUAUUUUGCGUUAAAACCAAGGAGACGGAGGGACGGCGCGGCCCCUGCCCCGCCACCGGGGUCGUGGCCUGCCCCUUCCCCACCCCGAAAGCUUCUCUCUGCUCAUUCAAAGGCUUUGGGUUUUUAAUUGGUUUCCUUUAAUUUAUUUUUUAUUUGUUCUCUUUUUUUUUUCUUUUUUUUUUGUACAGAAGAGUUGGAAAACUCCAAAAACCAACAAAAAGACAAUUUGUAAGAUAUCGUGCGUGUGACUCCUUGUAAAAUAUUUUCAAAUGGUUUAUUACAGAGACUCAGUUAUUAAAUAAUGUUCAUAUUUUCACUUCA